GUGAUGUAGAACAUCUAUUGUUACAAUUAAUCCAAUUGUUUACGUAAUUUAUAGUAACAAAUUAUAAAUAUUAUUUUACAAUAAUAAAAAAACCAAACCAACAAGUUGUUUUAUUUUUAAUUUGGUCCCUGCUUAUGUAUGACUUGGUUUUGACGAGUCUGCCAACCUUUACUUUUAUUCAUGUACAUUCUGUACGUGUUUAUUAAAAAAUGAUAUUAAUUUAAUGUAAAAUAACAUUUGCAGCCUCUACACAGCCUAGUCAUACAUACUCGGCUAAGUGGAAGAUGUGCAACUGUGGACGUAACUCCGACACUAAACGCACCGGCGGUGGCGGCCGUUCCCGGUACUCUCCUUCGGAGAGGCACGCGCCCGCCAGCCCUCCGCCAAUCGUAGUGACGCCGAUGCCGCGCCGGUCCGUAUUCCGUGACGCGGCAGCAGUCGCUGGAGGCGUCACUGUGGGCACAACCAUGGGCCAUUUAGCCGGGGAGGCCAUAAGCAGUAUGUUCUCCGGGCGGCGCCGCGAGGAGGUGGUCCAUUCCUUGCCGCAGAACUACCAGCUGGGCUCUGAGCCCACCGGCCCCUGCGCAUACGAGAUCGCACAGUUCCUGCAAUGCGCGAGCAGUCGCGACAAUCUGCAGGAGUGCGAGGCGUUCAACGAGGCGCUGAGGGAAUGCAAGCGGCGUAACAGGAUUCCAUAAACACCGUUCAGGAUCUCUCCA